UGACACUGUCAAAGUUAUUAUCAAAAGUGUCCUGUCCAUAUCCUAAAGUCAAAAUUCCACAACAACUCGUAGCUCUCGUCAAAGAUAUUGGACGAUAAAAUAGGAUUCUCUUUAAGAUAUUUUACAUUGGAUUCUAAUUGAAAAACUAUACAGAGAUGACAAACCAGGCAUCUCCUGUGGAGGAGCAGGAGAAGCUUCUGGAAGAAGCUUUGAAUGUUGUUAAGGUCCAGGCGUUCCAAAUGAAGAGAUGUCUGGACAAGUCCAAGCUGAUGGACGCGUUGAAGCACGCUUCAACAAUGCUCGGAGAACUCAGGACUUCUCUGCUCUCUCCGAAAAGCUACUACGAACUUUACAUGGCAAUAACAGAUGAGCUGAGACACCUGGAGCUGUACCUCCUGGAGGAGUUCCAGAAGGGUCGGAAGGUGGCUGAUCUGUACGAGUUGGUGCAGUACGCUGGAAACAUAGUGCCGAGGCUGUACCUGCUCAUCACCGUGGGCCUUGUCUACAUCAAGACCAGCACCAAUCUCCGGAGAGAUCUGCUUAAGGACCUGGUGGAGAUGUGCCGCGGGGUUCAGCACCCGCUGCGGGGGCUGUUCCUCAGGAACUACCUGCUGCAGUGCACCAGGAACAUCCUGCCCGACACCGCCGAGGCGGAGAACGAGAAUGAGGGGACGGUGCGCGACGCCAUCGAUUUCGUCCUCAUGAAUUUCGCUGAGAUGAACAAGCUCUGGGUGAGGAUGCAGCAUCAGGGUCACUCCAGGGACAAAGAGCGUCGCGAACGCGAACGUUCCGAACUACGCAUCCUGGUUGGCACCAACUUGGUACGCCUUUCCCAGCUGGAGAGCGUGACGGUGGAGCAUUACAGGAAGCUGGUGCUGCCGGGGAUCCUGGAGCAGGUGGUCAGCUGCAGGGACGCCAUCGCCCAGGAGUAUCUCAUGGAGUGCAUCAUUCAGGUGUUCCCAGACGAGUUUCACUUGGCCAACUUGCAGCCGUUCUUGAAGUCCUGCGCUGAACUACAGCCCGGGGUCAACAUUAAGAAUAUUAUCAUUGCACUGAUCGAGAGACUUGCUGCUUAUAGCCAGAGGAACGAAGGUACAAUCAACUUGAACGUAGUGACGGAGGACGGCCAAGAACAGGAGGUUCAAUUGUUCGAGGUCUUCUCGGACCAAGUAGCCGCUAUUACUCAGAGCCGCGCGGACAUGCCCCAGGAGGACAUGCUGAGCCUGCAGCUGGCGCUGCUGCGGCUGUCGCAGCGCGUGCACCCCGGCCAGCUGGGCUACGUGGACCGCGUGCUUGCGCACACGCACAACAUCUGCCAGGACAUACACAACACCAGCGGCAAAACCCACUUGGAACACAACACGCCCGUCUUCAAAGAGCUGAUGAAGAUAUUGAAGUUGCCAGCCGACCACUACAAGAACAUGCUGACUCUAAUACAACUGGAGCAUUACACCCCCCUCAUCUGUCACCUGAGUCACGGCGGCCGCGUGACGCUCGCCGUGCAUCUCUGCGGCCGCGUGUUAGACCAGGCCGACUUCAUAUCUACACCGCAACACGUGGAAGCGGUCCUGGGCAUGCUGGACGUGCUGGUGAAGGACCAGCCCGACCAGCCUCCAGCUGAUGAGGACCCGGAAGACUUCAUGGAGGAGCAGGGCUUGCUGGCUAGAUUGAUACACCAUUUCAAAUCGGACAAUCCUGACCAACAGUAUCUCAUACUAAGUACAGCACGGAAAAUAUUGUCCGCUGGAGGGGCGAGGCGGAUUCAGCACACUUUCCCGCCAAUAUUGUUCCACGCGUACCAAUUGGCCUUUUUGUAUAAGGACCUCAAAGAUCAGGACGACAUGUGGGAGAAGAAAUGCCAGAAGAUAUUCCAAUUCUGCUAUCAAAUGAUUGGAACUCUCGUCAAAGCAGAGCUCGCCGAAUUGCCGCUAAGAUUAUACCUCCAAGGAGCCCUAGCGAUAAGCGAGAUAGGUUUCGCCAAUCACGAGACGAUGUCGUACGAGUUCCUGUCGCAGGCGUUCUCCCUGUACGAGGACGAGAUAUCCGACAGCAAGGCGCAGUUGGCGGCCAUCACGCUCAUCAUCGCCACAUUCGAGCAGAUCAACUGUUUUGGUGCUGAGAACGCUGAGCCGAUGCGCACUCAAUGCGCCCUAGCAGCCAGCAAGCUGCUGAAGAAACCCGACCAGAGCCGGGCGGUGGCGUUGUGCGCACACCUUUUCUGGAAGGGGGUUAAAGAUGGCAAUCAGUGGCCUCUAAACGACGCGAACAGGGCUCUGGACUGCCUGAAGAAGGCCGCGCGCGUCGCCCAGCAAUGCAUGGACGGCGGUGUGCAAGCGCAGCUCCUGGCCGAGCUGCUGGGCAGAUACGCUCUGCUCAGGGAGAGGGGGAACGCGAGUCUCACUGUCAACCUUAUAGAGACGGUGAUCCAAAAGAUACGCGAGGAGCUAGCGAACCUCGACCAAUCGGAAGAAGUGGAGCAAAUAACGAAGCAUUUCCACAACACGCUUCAACACCUCAAAAACAGAAUGGAGAACCCCGACCCAGACGGUUUGGGGUACGAGGGACUGCAGUUGUCUUGAAUCGAUGAAACAAAAAUAUAAAAACUGUCAUGCAAUCUGUCAAUGUCAUAGUGUUAUUGUCAAAAAUGGCGGGAAAAUGUGUAUACUUUUUUGGGAAAAAGUUUUACACAAUUUAAAUUAAUCUUUUUACACAAAUAUUGUAAAUUAUAUUGGAUCAACACAAAAGUGAGUAGACAAACAAAUGUAUAAAAAAAAAGGUUAUUAUAAAGGAUUUCAUAUGAAAAAAAACAAGUUCAUGGAAACCAGUGUUAAACAUGUAAUGAAUUGAUGUAUAAGCAUGCCUAUAUACCAACUAUAAUUAUUAAGUUAUAAUUGUUAAUUUUGAAUCAUCCGGAAUGGAAUUCAGUAACAUUCCUAACACUUUAAUCUUAAAAAUAUGCAAUUAUGUUAACUAUAUCAAGUUGUAAAAUAAAUUAUUUUAUAUUUCGUAGAGUAGUAACGUGUAUAAAAUGCAAUAAAUGUAUUAUUGUUU